UCGUCCCGUUGCUCUUGCACUUACCAGCUUCCCCCGGCUCCCCGUGCCCCUAUCGCGAUCGGAAGGCGAAGCCGGCAGCAGAGGCCUGCGUGCUCGUUCGUGUGCAGGCGCGAGGAUGUUGGAUGGGUGCGGGCUCUUCGCGCUCGCCCGGUGCUGCUGCGUGCGGGGCGAGAGGGAGCGCGAGGAGGGGGGCAGGAACGAUGCCCGCGUCGCGGACGAGCCGGGCGGCGGCGGCGGCGCGGCGUCGGUGGGGGUGGUGGCGGCGAGGAGGUUCGAGUGGGCGGAGAUCGAGUCGGUCACCGGCGGCUUCUCGUCCAGGGUGAUCGGACAGGGCGGGUUCAGCACCGUGUACCUCGCGUCGCUCACCUCGUCCCGCCUCGGCGCCGUCAAGGUGCAGCGCAGCAGCGAGCGCCUCCACCGCGCGUUCUGCCAGGAGCGCGACGUGCUCCUCUGGCUCCGCCAUCCCCACGUCGUCCGCCUCCUCGGCUACUGCGACGAACGAGAUGAGGGAGUCUUGGUGUUCGAGUACGCCCCGAACGGCGACCUCCACGAGAGGCUCCACCGCAGCGGCGAGAAGAACCGGGCCGUCCUACCGUGGGCGCGGCGCAUGGCCAUCGCGUUCCAGGUGGCGAUGGCGCUGGAGUACCUCCACGAGAGCCGGGACCCCGCCGUCAUCCACGGCGACAUCAAGGCGUCCAACGUGCUGCUCGACGCCAACCACGACGCCAAGCUCUGCGACUUCGGCUUCGCGCACGUCGGCUUCUCGGCCGCGGUCCGCCCGCCCGCGACCAGGGCGUCGGGCCGCCCCGUCAUGGGCUCCCCGGGCUACGCGGACCCGCACUUCCUCCGCUCCGGCGUGGCAACCAAGAAGAGCGACGUCUACAGCUUCGGGGUGCUGCUGCUCGAGCUCGUCACCGGGCGGGAGGCCAUCUGCGCCGAGACAGGGUGCCGGCUCACCGCCACCGUAGGACCCUCGAUCAGCGAUGGCAACUUGGCCGACGUCGUGGACCGGAGGCUGGGAGACGAGUAUGACAUCGAGGAGGCCGCCACCGUGGCGGCGCUUGCACUGCGGUGCAUCAGCGACGGCCUCGGGCUCCGCCCGUCCAUGGCGGAGGUGGUGCGCGAGCUACAGGAGAAGACGACGGCGUUGAUCUCAGCCGUUGGAUCUAAACCGAGCGAUAAGAAGGUUUCAUAAGUUACCCGUCGAAGGCUGUAAAUAGCAUGUUAGGGUGGGUCGAGAAGUUACUAUAUUUUUUUCCCUUAUCUUGUCAGUGGAAUAGUGGAUUAGUUGAAACUUUGAGAUCAUGUGAAAAUUUUUUGUGAUGUCAUGGAUGGGGUUGUACUUGUAGGCAUGUAGUGGACCAUUAACAAAGGGAUCUUGUACAUGUUGUUGAAAGAUAUAAAUGAUUUACCUAAUCUAAA